CAAACUGCUCUCUCUGAAGGCUACUCUUCUCCUCUAUUUUGUCCUAUGAUAUUUCAGGUGUUGCUGGUUUCUUUGUAAAACAUGUGAAAACAGGAAAGUGUAUCUAUGACACAGCACGAAUACAGUCACAAGGCUCGUACUGGGGCAGCCUGUCUUUUCUUGAACUCUCCAACAACUGUCUGGAUCCAGCUGCUCAGUUUCGGUUUCGUGAUAAUGGCGCCAUGUUGAAUUUGAAAAGACAAGGAUGCCUUGCUAUCUAUAGAAAGCACAGGUUUCCUGAAAUGUUUUGGGUCUACGUUCCUGCUACCCCAGAAGUUAAAGAAAAAUCUGCCUGUGCUGACCGCCGGGUUAUAAAACAAACCUCUUGGGGAGGUUUAUCGGGACCUUAUCGUUCUGCAGGCAGGUGUGCAGACCCUGAUGGAUACAUAAAAACGACCACAAGCUGUGAAGACGGGGAGAAUAAACGUUUUAUUUUUGGUUCAGUGGCAUGUUAUGGAAAAACGACAGAGAAUGUCACUUGUCCUAAAGAUCAGUUCAUGGUGGUCAAGACUGCAUCUUACCGUGGAUUGUCUGACUCAAAGACAUGUGGUUUGAGUGAUGAUUAUAGUUGUACAGUUGAUGUAACAUGUCUUGUUAAGAAACAAUGUGAUGGUCAACAUGAGUGUAAAAUAACUGUGGAUGAAACCUUGUUCUCUGAUGACCUGUGUCCUGGAUUGAAAAAAUAUCUUUACUUUGAAUAUCAAUGUUUUGAUACAUCAAAACAAUACUCAUUAUGUGUGGAUGACGUGGAUCUGUCAGACUCAUCUCUACCAAACGAGGGUUGAUAAUUCUUCACACAGUUUCCUUCAAAAACUGCACUGACUUAUUCGUAAUAAUUGUUACCGCUAU